CUGAAGCCCACUUCACCUGGACACUAACUAUGGGGUGGACAACUCUGUGGUUGUGUGUUCUCGCUCUGCCACUAACGAGCGCCGUCCAGGUGAAAGCCAAGAAAGCUCGCCAGUCCAACCAUGUGAACAGCAUCUGCAGCACCUGGGGCAGAGAGCACUUCAAGACCUUGGAUGGAGACGUGUACCAGUUCCCAGGGACGUGUGAAUACAACCUGGUCUCAGACUGCCACUCUGAGUCCUACCAGGAGUUCUCUGUGCACCUGAAGAGGAACGAGGCUACUGAGACCGAGGGGAACCCUACGGUCAAACACGUAGUGGUCACUAUCAACGACCUGGUCUUCCAUCUGACCAAGACUCAGGUCGCGGUCAAUGGAGAAAUUGUAACUCUGCCGUACUACAAUGGAGGAGUCCAACUGGAGAGGAAUGCAGUUUACACCAAACUUUACUCCAAGGUUGGCCUGGUUGUCAUGUGGAAUGGAGAAGAUGCCGUCAUGGUGGAGCUGGACAUGGAGUAUACCAACCGUACCUGUGGUCUCUGUGGAGACUUCAAUGGCCUUCCAGUCCACAGUGAAUUUAUUCAUGAUGGUCGUAAAGUGAGCCCCAUUGAGUUUGGAAACAGGCAGAAGGUCCACAGGCCCAACGAGGACUGUGAAGAUCCCUAUGAAGAGGAAGAGGAAGAUGAACCUGCAGACGUUCAGCCUAAAGAGGACACAUGCAAGGAGUUUCAUGCCCAGUGUGACCAGCUCCUGCGCUCGGCGUUGUGGAGCUCCUGUGGUGCGGUCGUGAACCCUGAGCCCUACAUCCAGGCCUGUGUUCAGGACCUGUGUGGCUGCAGCAACACUUCUGAUAGCUUCUGUGUCUGCAGCACCCUGGCAGAGUACUCCAGACAGUGCUCCCACGCCGGGGGACAGCCACCCCACUGGAGAACAACAACCUUCUGUGACAAGCAGUGUCCGUUCAACAUGGUGUAUCUGGAGAGUGGCUCUCCCUGCAUGGAUACCUGUACGCACUCAGACACCAGCUCCCUGUGUGAAGAACACCUGAUGGACGGCUGCUUCUGCCCUCACGGGACUGUGUUUGAUAACAUCUCAAAGCGGGGGUGUGUCACUCAGGACCAGUGUCAGUGCAAACACGACAAAGUUUACAACUCUGGAGAAGUAUUCAGACAGGACCGUGAGGAAUGUGUCUGUCACCAUGGUCAGUGGUCCUGUAAAAGUCUGCCCAGCCCUGGUACAUGUGCAGUUGAGGAGGGUUCACACGUGACGACCUUCGAUGGGAAAGCAUUCACCUUCCAUGGGGACUGCUACUACCCCUUAGCCAAGGUGGAAAGCAAGAAUGAAGCCAGUCCAAAGUUCACUGUGCUGGUCCAGCUGGUUCCCUGUAUAAGACAGAAGUUUGACACUUGCCUCAAGAGUGUUGUGGUCUUGUUAAACAAUGAUAGAAACAACGCUUUGGUGAUUACCGCCGAUGGGAAAGUCAGCCACAAUGCACAGAUCACUCUGCCUUACAACACAGCUGACAUCAGUGUGUUCAAGCCGUCGUCCUUCCACAUGAUUCUACAGACCAGCUUUGGGCUGCAGGUUCAGAUCCAGCUGGUCCCUAUCAUGCAGGUUUAUGUCACCCUGGACGAGAGCUACAAGACUAAGACACAAGGUCUGUGUGGGAACUUCAACAAGGUUCUUUCUGAUGACAUGAAGACCCCUCAGGGUAUGGUGGAGGGAACAGCCUCUUCAUUUGGGAACUCCUGGAAGGCUAAUCCUACCUGUAGAGACAGAGAGGAGAGGCUGGACGAUCCCUGCUCCCUCAGUGUGGAGAAUGAGAACUAUGCUAAACAUUGGUGCUCCAUGCUAAGAAGUUCUGACAGCACUUUUGCCAAGUGCCAUGCCAUGGUAGACCCCGAGCUAUACUACAAGCGAUGCACAUACGCUAGCUGCAACUGUGAGAAGAGUGAAGACUGCCUGUGUGCCGUCUUCUCCUCCUAUGUGCGAGACUGUGCUACCAAGGGAGUGGUCCUGUCGGGCUGGAGAGAGAACGUGUGUGACAAAUACACUGGUAACUGCCCAGCGUCUCAGACCUACUCUGACCAGCUCCAGAGAUGUCAGCUGACUUGUAGCUCCCUGGCCAGCAAACGCCAAGGUUGUACCAACGACUUCCUCGCCGUGGAUGGUUGCUCCUGCCCGGACGGACUCUACAUGGAUGAUAGGGGCACCUGUGUACCCAUGGACAAAUGCCCCUGCUUCCACAACGGGGUCCACAUCAAGCCUGGGAAAUCCAUCAACAUUCAGGAGGAGCACUGUGUCUGCAACAAUGGGAAGCUUCACUGCCGUUCCUGGAAAAUGCGUUCAGAGAGUACCUGCCAAUCGCCGAAGGUGUUCUUGAACUGCUCCAAUGACCUGGGAGUACAGUGUACACGGAGCUGUAGGAACCCAGAUUUCAUGGACUGUUUCUCCGCAGAGUGUGAGUCCGGGUGCAAGUGUCCCAUGAGUCUGUGGGAGGAUGGGAAAGGUAUGUGUGUGAAAAAACAUGAAUGCCCAUGCAGCCAUGAUGGAUUCCUCUACGCCCCAGGAAAACAGAUCCCAAACAGAUGUAACACUUGCACCUGUAAGAGUGGGAAAUGGGAGUGCACAGAUAAGAAGUGCCCAGGAACCUGUACCAUCUACGGCAGUGGCCAUUACAAAACCUUUGAUGAGCGCACGUAUGGCUUCCAAGGAAAAUGUGGCUAUGUGGCUGUCCAGAACAAAUGUGGGAACCGGCCUGUCCAGGACAACUUCAUGGUGAUCACAGAGAACAUACCGUGUGGAACCACAGGCACCACUUGCUCCAAGUCUGUCAGGGUUCAACUGGGGAGAAAAGAGUUCAAACUAUCAAAGGGGACAUAUGAAAUGGUGGACCUAGGAGUGGGCUCUCAGAUCCAGUACCAAGUGAGGACCGUCGGUCUGUACCUGAUUGUUGAGUCAGACAUCGGGAUCGCAGUGCUGUGGGACCGCAAAACUACCGUCCGCAUCGUCCUGGAGCCACAGCAUACUGGAGCAGUGUGCGGCCUGUGUGGGAACUAUAAUGGAGACGGCAGAGAUGACUUCACCACGCAAGGUCAGCUAGUAGUCAGCAGCCCUGUGGAUUUUGCUAACAGCUGGAAAGUGUCAAGCACUUGCCCCGACGCAGAAAGCAACGUGGACCCAUGUGGAGCCAGACCCAACCGUCACAACUGGGCUAAGAUGCAGUGCAGCAUCAUCACAGGAAAGACUUUCCAACUGUGCCACAAGAAGGUAGACCCUACUCUGUACUUUGAGAACUGUGUGAAAGACUCCUGUGCCUGUGAUACUGGUGGAGACUGUGAGUGUCUCUGUACAGCUGUAGCAGCCUACGCCCAGGCCUGCACUGAAGCUGGAGUCUGUGUUGCAUGGAGAACACCAGAGAUCUGUCCUGUGUUCUGUGACUACUACAACGAUCCAGGUGAAUGUGAAUGGCAUUACAGCCCUUGCCACACACCUUGCUACAAGACCUGUCUGAAUCCAAAUGGGACCUGUGACAACCCUCUUCCCAAUCUGGAAGGUUGUUACCCACGAUGCCAUCCACCAACGCCUAUAUUUGAUGAAGAGACCGGGGAGUGUGUUGAGAUAUGUGAUGAAACAACAACAGCACCACCAACAACAACCCCCCAGACAACCACACCAACAACAACACCGUGGACACCAACAACUACCACAUUGACAACAGAACCUCCAACAACAACACCAAUACCACCAACACCACCAACAACCACACCAACACCACCAUCAACAACAACCACACCAAUACCACCAACACCACCACCACCAACAACCACACCAACAACAACGAUACCAUCAACAACAACAACAACCACACCAACAACAACCACACCAACACCACCAUCAACAACAACAACACCAAUACCACCAACACCAACAACACCAAUACCAACACCAACAACAACAACAACAAUACCACCAACAACAACGACCACACCAAUACCAACACCAACAACAACAAUACCGACAACAACAACACCAAUACCAACAACAACAACAACAACACCACCACCACCAACAACAACAACACCAAUACCAACAACAACAACAACAACACCACCACCACCAACAACAACAACACCAAUACCAACAACAACAACAACAACAACACCAACACCAACAACACCAAUACCAACACCAACAACAACAACAACAAUACCACCAACAACAACACCAACACCAACAACAACCACACCAAUACCGACAACAACAACAACAAUACCACCAACAUCAACAACAACCACACCAAUACCAACAACAACAACAAUACCACCAACAACUACCCCCCAGACACCAGAGCCAACAACUACUCCUUGUAUUCCUACCUGUGAGUGGUCAGAAUGGUAUGAUGAAGAUGAUGAUAAAGACAAGAGCGACUGGGAAACAUAUUGGAAUAUCACACAGAGUGGAAAAGAAGUGUGUGAAGAUCCACAGGAUAUUGAAUGUGUAGCUACAGACUAUCCUGAUACGAGCUUAGAGGACUAUGUAGCUUCGACAGGCCAAGUUGUGGAGUGCAAUGUUGACUUCGGAUUAAUAUGUGAAGAAAAUAAACAGACUCAGAGACCAUAUAAGUGCAAGAACUAUAAGAUUAGGGUCCUCUGUUGCGUUGAAUGUUUAUCAACAACAUCACCAAAACCAACAACACCACCAACACCAACAACAACAACAACAACACCUUCACCACCAACAACAACAACAACAACAACAACACCAACAACAACACCAACACCACCAACAACAACCACACCAACACCACCGACAACAACCACACCAACAACAACAACACCAACACCACCAACAACAACCACACCAACACCACCAACAACAACCACACCAAUACCACCAACAACAACACCAACACCACCAACAACAACAACACCAAUACCACCAACAACAACACCCAUACCAACAACAACAACAACAACAACACCAACACCACCAUCAACAACAACAACAACAACACCAAUACCUCCAACUACAACAACAACGACACCAAUUCCACCACCAACAACAACAACACCAACACCACCAACAACAACACCAAUAGCACCGACAACAACCACACCAAUACCACCAACAAAAACACCUUCACCUUCACCACCAACAACAACACCAUCAUCAACAACAACAACACCAACACCACCAUCAACAACAACAACACCAAUAACCCCAACACCACCAACAACCACACCAACAACCACACCAUCAACAACAACAACACCAACACCACCAACAACAACACCAAUACCACCGACAACAACCACACCAAUACCACCAACAACAACACCCAUACCAACAACAACAACAACACCAAAAACAACAACAACCACACCAAUACCAACAACAACAACAACACCACCACCAACAACAACACCAACAACAACCACACCAAAACCAACAACAACACCAACAACAACCACACCAAUACCAACAACAACAACCACCACACCAAUACCACCAACAACAACACCCAUACCAACAACAACAACACCAAAAACAACAACAACCACACCAAUACCAACAACAACACCAACAACAACCACACCAAUACCAACAACAACAACAAUACCACCAACAACUACCCCCCAGACAACAGAGCCAACAACUACUCCUUGUAUUCCUACCUGUGAGUGGUCAGAAUGGUAUGAUGAAGAUGAUGAUAAAGACAAGAGCGACUGGGAAACAUAUUGGAAUAUCACACAGAGUGGAAAAGAAGUGUGUGAAGAUCCACAGGAUAUUGAAUGUGUAGCUACAGACUAUCCUGAUACGAGCUUAGAGGACUAUGUAGCUUCGACAGGCCAAGUUGUGGAGUGCAAUGUUGACUUCGGAUUAAUAUGUGAAGAAAAUAAACAGACUCAGAGACCAUAUAAGUGCAAGAACUAUAAGAUUAGGGUCCUCUGUUGCGUUGAAUGUUUAUCAACAACAUCACCAAAACCAACAACAACACCAACAACAACAACAACCACAUCAACAACAACAACAACAACAACAACACCAACACCAACAACAACAACACCAAUACCACCAACAACAACAACACCAACAACAACAACAACAACACCAACACCACCAACAACAACACCAAUACCACCAACAACAACAACACCAACAACAACAACACCAACACCACCAACAACCACACCAAUACCACCAACAACAACAACACCAACAACAACAACACCAACACCACCAACAACAACAACACCAAUACCACCAACAACAACAACACCAACACCACCAACAACAACAACACCAAUACCACCAACAACAACGACAACACCUUCACCACCAACAACAACCACACCAACACCACCAACAACAACGACACCAAUUCCACCAACAACAACAACACCUUCACCAACAACAACAACCACACCAACACCACCAACAACAACAACACCAACACCACCAACAACAACGACUACAACACCUUCACCACCAACAACAACACCAAUACCACCAACAACAACAACACCAACAACAACAACACCAACACCACCAACAACAACACCAAUACCACCAACAACAACAACAACACCAACACCACCAACAUCUUCACCACCAACAACAACAACACCAAUACCACCAACAACAACAACAACGACAACACCUUCACCACCAACAACAACCACACCAACACCACCAACAACAACGACACCAAUUCCACCAACAACAACAACACCUUCACCAACAACAACAACCACACCAACACCACCAACAACAACGACACCAAUUCCACCAACAACAACAACACCUUCACCACCAACAACAACCACACCAACACCACCAACUACAACAACACCAAUACCACCAACAACAACACCAAUACCAACAACAACAACAACACCAACAACAACACCAACACCACAAACAACAACAACACCAAUACCACCAACAACAACGACACCAAUUCCACCACCAACAACAACAACAACAACACCUUCACCACCAACAACAACCACACCAACACCACCAACUACAACAACACCAAUUCCAACAACAACAACAACAACACCUUCACCAACAGCAACAACCACACCAACACCACCAACAACAACAACACCUUCACCACCAACAACAACCACACCAACACCACCAACAACAACAACAACAAAAACAACACCAACAACAUUACCAACAACAACACCAACAAUUCCACCAACAACAACAACACCAACAACAACGACACCGUCACCGUCACCACCAACAACAACAACACCAAUACCAACAACAACAACAACGACACCAAAACCAACAACAACAACGACACCGUCACCACCAACAAUAACCACACCAAUACCACCAACAACAACCAAACCAAUACCACCAACAACAACAACAACAACACCAGCAACAACACCAUCAACACCAACAACAACAACAACACCUUCACCACCAACAACAACCACACCAACACCACCAACAACAACAACACAGAAACCAACAACAACAACACCAAAACCCACAACACCACCAACACCAACAACAACAACAACAACACCUUCACCACCAACAACAACCACACCAACACCACCAACAACAACAACACCAACAACAACACCAACACCACAAACAACAACGACAGCAAAUCCACCAACAACAACAACAACAACACCUUCACCACCAACAACAACCACACCAACAACAACACCAAUUCCACCACCAACAACAACAACAACACCAACACCACCAACAACAACAACCACACCAACACCACCAACAACAACGACACCAAUUCCACCAACACCACCAACAACAACAACACCUUCACCACCAACAACAACCACACCAACAACAACCACACCAAUACCACCAACAACAACAACACCAAUUACUACAACAACCACACCAAUACCACCAACAACACCACCAACAACAACACCAACACCACCAACAACAACACCAACACCACCAACACCAACACCACCAACUACAACCACACCAACACCACCAACAACAACAAAACCAACACCACCAACUACAACAUCAACCACACCACCAACAACAACAACAACAACACCAACAACAACACCCACACCACCAACAACAACACCAACAACCACACCAACACCACCAACAACAACCACACCAACACCAGCACCAACAACUACCACACCUAAACCACCAACUACAACGGAAGCCACAACUCUAACCACAACCCCAACGACAACAGAAGAAUCAACGACAACCCCCAGGACAACUGAAAAACCAGCCACACCCACCCCUGUCAUAGACACCACAACCACUAAAGCUCCUACAACAACACCUAAACCACCAACUACAACAGAAGCCACAACUCCAAUGACAUCCACAUCACCAACAACCCAUGAAUCGGUUGUCACCGGUCCUCCAAUAACUGUUCCGACACCAGUAACAGGAGGUGUAGUCAGUUCAAUACCAACCACAACUGGGAUACCAACCCCACCACCAAUCACUUGUCCUGAAUGGGACAAAGUGCAAAAUGAGACUUUCUGGCUGUGCAACUGCACUUUGGCCAGAUGCAUUGAAAACAACACCAUUGAGAUCAUCCCAUACGAAUGCCCAGAGCCUGAGCCAAUCACAUGUACCAAUGGCAAGAAACCAGUGCUACAGUGGGAUGAGUUCUACUGCUGCCAACACUACGUGUGUGACUGUGUCUGUGAGGGUUGGGGAGACCCCCAUUACAUCACUUUCGACGGGCUCUUCUACAGCUUCCAAGGGAACUGUACCUAUGUGCUGAUGGAGGAGAUGUGGCCGCGUCACCAAUUUAAGAUCUACAUCGACAAUGUCAACUGUGAUCCCACCGAGGAUGUGUCUUGUCCUCGAGCCAUCAUCGUGUCCUACCGCUCAACAGUUAUAACACUGAAGAAUCACAACCUCAUUGGAGCUGCUCAGUUGGAGGCUCUUAUUGAUGGAGUUUCCCUGAGACUACCCUUCACACGGCACGGUGUGAAGGUGAUGAACUCUGGUAUCAACAUGGUGUUGGAGAUAGCACACCUCCAGGUGGUAGUUACCUUUGGUGUCACUGGCUUCAGCGUCAACCUUCCUUGGCAACACUUUGGCAACAAUACACAGGGUCAUUGUGGAACAUGUAGCAACAACCAGGCUGAUGACUGCAUGUUGCCAGGAGGUCAGCUGGUGGAGAACUGUGCUGUGAUGGCAGACUACUGGCAAGCCAAGGACAUCUCCCAGCCUGACUGCCAUUUGCCACCUGGAAUCCCCACCAACUCUCCUCUCCCUGAACCCACACAGAAGCCAUGCAAGCCAGACUCCUCUGUCUGUGAUCUCCUGAAGGACAGGCACUGUGAUCUCCUGAAGGACAGCAUCUUUGCAGCCUGUCAUCCGUUUGUCUCGCCUGACAACUUCUACAAGGGCUGUGUCUAUGACAGCUGCCACGUGUCCAACCCAGCGGUGGAGUGCACCAGUCUGCAGACAUACGCUGCUGCCUGUGCCCAGUUUGGAGUAUGCAUCUACUGGAGAAACCACACCGAGCUCUGUGCCAGCGACUGUCCAGCUGACAAAGUCUACAAGCCCUGCGGUCCUGCAGAACAGCCAACCUGUGAUGACAAUCCAGACGAGUCUAGGAUGAACUUCACCACAGAAGGCUGCUUCUGUCCUGAUGGGAUGAAACUCUUCAACAAGGAAUCAGGGAUCUGUGUUGAUAAGUGUGGAUGCAUUGACCCUGAAGGUGUUCCGCGAGAGUUCAACGAGAGGUUUGAGUACAAGUGCCAGGAUUGCGUUUGUUUGGAGUCCACCAAGGCUGUGACCUGUAAACCCAAGGUCUGCUCCAAACCACCAGUAGAGAUAUGCACCGGGCCAGGCUUUGUAUAUGUCAACCAAACCGAUCCAUCCGAUCCAUGCUGCUCCAGCCUCGUCUGCCGUUGUGACAGCAGCACUUGCCCACCAACCAACAUGAACUGUCCUAUUGGGUUCGUGCCAGUGGUUUCAGUCCCGGAGGGAAAAUGCUGUCCAGAGCACACAUGUGAGCCUAAAAGAGUUUGUCUUCACAAAGGCGUUGAAUACCUGCCCAAUUCUAAAGUUCCAGGAUCGGAGUGCCAGGAGUGCACCUGCACCAACAAAGUGGACCCCAAGUCUGGUCAUUACCAAAUUGACUGUGGAUUCAUGCAAUGUGACAAAGAUUGUGAAAAGGGAUAUGAGUACCAGGAGCCAGACUAUUCCUCAGAUGACUGCUGCGGUAAAUGUGUUCAGACCCACUGUGUCCUCCAGAUCAAUGGGACCAAGCAGUUGUUGAAGCAUGGAGAUACAUGGUCAGCUCCUGGUGACAAGUGCCAGCAGUACAGCUGUGUGAAAAACGGUGAUAGCUAUCUGACCCAGAGCUCCAACAUCCAUUGCCCACCCUUCCAGCAGGCCAACUGCCAGCCUGGUUCCAUUCAGACCGCUGCAAACGGCUGCUGUAUAAUUUGUGUGGAGAAGGACAAGGCCUGUAAGAUAGGAUCCAUGAAGAGUUUCAUCAACCACAAGAACUGCCAGUCUAUUGAGGAGGUGGAGAUGCCGUACUGUGAGGGAUCCUGCAACACCUUCACCAAGUACUCUGCGAUGGCUGCGUCUCUGGACCACUCGUGUGCCUGUUGCCAGGAGUCCCGGUCCAGUAACCGCACGGUGGACCUACAGUGUCUGAAUGGAGAUGUGGUGCCCUACACCUACCUACACGUGGAGGAGUGUAACUGCAGACACAGCGACUGCCACAGAGCCAUUAGGGUGCCUGUCCGUAAGACACGCAGCAACACGCUGGUGUAAAUGGGAUUCGUACUAAUCCAGAUGGGACAAGUCCAGCACCAAUCCACUCCACUCGCUGCUUACUAAAGAAGACCCUGCUUCACAUGGCUGUUAUUUAUCUAAUCGCUUUGAUUUAUAUGUCAAAUGUAGGUUAAAUGAUAUUUAAAAUGUAGAAACUUAUGCUUACUUAUCUUAUUAAAAUGCAACCCUUCAAAUA